AUGGAAGGAGACAGCAACAGCUCCUUGGGGGGCUUCAUUCUUCUGGGUAUAGCUGACCACCCCCAACUGGAGGCCAUCUUUUUUGUAGUGAUCCUCUCCUCUUACUUGCUGACCCUCUUUGGGAACUCAACCAUCAUCCUGCUUUCCCGCCUUGAUGCCAGGCUCCAUACACCCAUGUACUUCUUCCUCAGCAACCUCUCCUCCCUGGACCUUGCCUUUACCACCAGCUCAGUCCCCCAAAUGCUGAUCAACUUAUGGGGGCCAGACAAGACCAUCACUUACGGUGGCUGUGUGAGCCAACUCUAUGUCUUCCUUUGGCUGGGGGCUACUGAGUGCAUCCUGCUGGUGGUGAUGUCGUUUGACCGUUAUGUGGCAGUGUGCAGACCCUUACAUUACAUGGCUAUCAUGAAUCCUUGGCUCUGCUGGCGGCUGGCUGCUGUUAGCUGGUUGGGUGGCUUGGGCAACUCUGUGAUCCAGUCCACACUUACUCUGCAGCUCCCAUUUUGUGGGCAGCGGAGGGUGGAUGGCUUCCUGUGUGAGGUGCCCACCAUGAUCAAACUGGCCUGUGGAGACACGAGCCUCAAUGAGGCCGUGCUCAAUGGUGUCUGCACCUUUUUCACAGCCAUCCCACUAAGCAUCAUCCUGAUCUCCUACUGCUUCAUUGCUCAGGCAGUGCUGAAGAUCCGAUCUGCGGAGGGACAACGCAAGGCCUUCAAUACGUGCCUCUCCCAUUUGCUCGUGGUGUUCCUCUUCUAUGGCUCGGCCAUCUACGGGUAUCUGCUUCCAGCUAAAAGCAGCAAUCAGGACCAGGGAAAAUUCAUUUCCCUCUUCUACUCUGUGAUCACACCCAUGGUAAACCCUCUCAUCUACACUCUAAGGAACAAGGAAGUGAAGGGGGCACUCAGAAGGCUUCUGGGGAGAGAGAGAGAAGCUGGCUGA